CAAAAUGGAUUCAAACAAGGAUAUUAUCUCAACUGGCAUUAAGGAAGAAACUCAGGUCACCCAGAAGAAGAUCGAGGAGAGAUGUGCUCGUAGAAUUAUUAGGGAAGGAUCUACCGAAUCAGGGUGCGGCUCAACUCUUUCAAGCACAUUAAAUGCAUUCAGUUCCAGUUAUAAUGAUUGCGCAGGAUCUAUUUGGAGAGAUGAGAGGAAUGACUCACCCGCUUAUAUGCCAACCAUAUGUGAUGGUCCAAGAUCUCUUGGAUCUACUAGGCUCACCUUGCAAACAACACAACCAGCUAAUCAGCAAGAAAUUGUUCCUGAUUUCUUCAACUUAAAGGAAUCUCAUGAAGUUGGUUUUCCAGAUAUAGACCUUGGGAGCUUUUCAACUAAUGAAGAGAACCAAUCAAAAGCAUUUUCAUUUGAUCCUGCUCAGUUUGCAAAAUCAAAUUAUAGUUGCUCAAGUAUUAACUUAGACAAAGAAGAGAAGAAAUCUUGAGUAAAUCUCAACUCUGAUCAACAAGUAAUUUCUCCUAUGAAGAAUCUGUUCUCUAACUGAAACACUCGCAAAGAGUUGACAACCUCUAGUACGAAUAAGGGAGGUGGUCUUUCACCAACUCAAGAAGUGAGAAUGUCACCUAAUUCAUCGAAGAGUUCAAAGACAAGGUUAAAGAGGGGAGAGACCCAGAAAUAUUUAUUAUCAAGGACUGCUGAAGAAAUUGUAUUAAAUACUCUAUGGGGCUUAUUCAUUAGAUACAUACGGAAUAAUGGCCCACAGCCUUUAUAUAUUCUAGAAAAGUUGGCACAAACUGAGUUUAAGAACAUCAGGAAACUGUCAGGACAUCCCUACACUGGGAAUAUCAAGAAAUCAGUGAAAGGUGCUCUUACUUCGAAUGGACUAUUUAAAAUUUGAGAGAAAAAUGAAGGUGAACCUAAUGUAAACUCUUGGUCUCACUCUUCAAAGACUGCCAAAAUCACUGAGGAAACUAUUUGGAAGAUCAAUGAAAAAGCAGCUGAAGAAUUUAUUCAAGACAAAGUUCAGAAAGUAUCACAGCAAAGGACGAAGCUUAUGAAGAAACAAUCCUCAAGAAUUGAAGUGCAAGAAGAGAGUAAAGAAUCUGAAAAUUCUCGUAUUGCCCCAUACAAAGACAUUAUUUCAAAGUUGGAUAUUAUGAUAUCAGCUUUAACUCCUUUGCAAUCCAAAGGUCUAUCUGACUUACAAUCAAAUGCAGAUGCUCUUUUCCAACCUCCUUCUGCAGAAGGUGAUAGUAAGCUCUCUGAUUAUCAGAGAGGAGCUAUUGACUUAUAUUCCUUCUUCAGAGAGCCGCUUCGGUCAGGAAAACUGGCAAAGCUAAACUGAGGUAUAGAGAAUUUAUGUAAAAAUGUAGAUUCUCUUCGUAAAAAGUUGUAAAUCCUUCAGCAUAACCUGAGUCAAGGAUUUAUUCCUCAUCUCUAUCCAUAACGAUAGAACCCCUUUACCAAUAUAAGCUCAUAUAAGAGUUCA